AUGAGACUCCUCGCUCUACUUCUCCUGAUCAUCGUCGCGGUGAAUGCAUACUACACCCUCUCUGUCUACGCACCUUCGCUUCCUCAAAUCCACGCGCGCAUCAUCAAUGCAAGGAAUAAAGCUUUCAUCAUCGGCGCCACGAAACCCAGCACGUUCUGCGGUCUUGACAAUGCUACUGAAUGCCCCGAUGGCACAUCCACACAAGUCGAUGGAAACAUGACUGGUCUCGCAGCUGCAGUCCCAGGCGGUCAAUUCAUCUUCGUCGCUCCCGACGGAAUCAUAUCCUACCCGCCAGCACACUCCGCCCUCCGGCCCCCAGGCUCACAAAUGGGCGGGUUCCAUCCCGUGCAUGUCAUCUCAGAGUGUAAGAUGCCUGUCACGAUACUCAUGUGGUCACCGGAGAACGCAAAUCCCGGACUUUGGGCUUGUCCAACGGCGAGGAAUGUCCCGAUCACGAAGGAGGCCGUUCUCAAGGCGACAACGGGCACUUUUACGGGAAGCGGCUGUUUGACUGUUGAGGGGAUUGAGAUUCAGACUGCAGGGGAUAAGUUCGCUGCUUGGGCUUAUACGUAG